AUGCCACUCGAUCAUAUCGGCAAACCUGCCAACGGAGGAUCAGACCCGCUCGCCAAUUAUAAUGAUGGAAGAAAAGCCGUGCAAGGAGCUGGCUCGCCCUUGAAGAAACGAUUCCCAUCAUAUCCUGGUCUUGAUCGUUUUGAACUUUUGGAUUUAUUGGGUACGGGGGCAUUUAGCAAUGUCUAUCGAGCCUCCGACCGCAAGAACAAGAAAGCCGAAGUCGCAGUUAAGGUCCUGAGGAAGUUUGAAAUGAACGAACAACAGGGAACGUCAAAAAAAGAGAUUGAAAUUAUGCGACAAUUGAGACACCCCAACGUAUCUGAGCUCAUCGACUGCAUCGAGACACAUCAGUACUGCCACAUUAUAAUGAAGCUCAGUUCCGGUGGAGAGUUGUUUAAUCAGCUGGUCAAACUUACAUAUUUGAGUGAGGAUUUGGCCAGACAUGUCAUUAGGCAAGUUGCAGAGGCGGUUUCGUAUCUCCAUCAAACGCUUGGCGUUGUUCACCGAGACAUUAAACCAGAAAAUAUUCUGUUCGAGUCCAUACCGAUGAAGCCGAGCAAGACUCCGAAGCCAACACUUCGUGGAGAAGAAGACAAACUUGACGAAGGAGAUUUCAUCCCCGGCGUGGGCGGAGGAGGAAUCGGGGUUGUCACACUGGGAGACUUUGGCUUGUCUAAAAUUAUUGCCGGCGUUCCGACUGCAACACCGUGUGGUACGAUGUCAUAUGCGGCUCCUGAAAUAGUGCGCGAUGAAAAGUAUACGACCGAAGUGGAUAUGUGGGCAAUUGGCUGUGUACUGUACACUCUUUUAGCCGGGUACCCACCCUUCUACGACCCCGACACAAAGGUCUUGAUGAGAAAGGUUGCAAAGGGGCAGUACACUUUUGAUUCGCCUUGGUGGAACGACAUAUCCAAUGACGCCAAAGACAUUGUUUCGAGACUUUUGACCGUGAACACGGACGAAAGGUUGAACAUUGAAGAAUUCCUUGCCCACCCCUGGAUCACGCAAUCUGGCAAGAAAGAAAAUCCCAAGGAGUCCAAGAAUGCACCUCAAAAUGCCCCCGAUACGAAUGGUGAUACGAAAACCGCCAAAACCCCAGAGGUACCGGCCACAGAAGCUAUACGUGAAGCGCGUGUGGAAGCACGAACACCUGGUUUCAUGAACGUUCGAGAGCUAUUCGACGUUGUAUUCUCAGCACACCAACAUGGACAAAACGAAACACAAAAAGAGUCUCCCGAGGCAAAUUUCGUCGCGGCCACUGAAAGGAGAGAAUCAAGUGAUGAGAGUAUCCAUGAUAAGCUUGAUAUUGUAAACAGCACGCUGCUCCAGAAGCGACAUGCUCGGAAAAAGGAGUGA